AUUAGAAGGAAAACAAAAAAAAAAGCUUAACCGGUGGUGGUAGAUCUGAAUCAUCAGAAUUCAGAACCCUUUAAGCAAAGAACCCUUUAGAUUCUAUCGGUUGGGUUUUGAUUCUCAAUCCUGGCUUCUUUGCAUCGGAUCUAGAUCUUCUUUGGAAAAUCAUCAAAUCGGCAAAUAUGAAAGAAAGGAGAUCUGGGAAGUCGAAUCAUCAUCAAGACAACGACGAAGAGAUUCACCACCAAAACAGUCAUCUGAGUUCUUUCAAAUUCGCCAAACUGUUUGAUUCUGAAGCUUCCUGGGACAAGGACCAACUAGGAGAUGUGUUGCAUUGGAUCAGGCAAGUUGUUGGAUUACUCUGUGGAUUGCUAUGGGGUGCCAUUCCUUUGGUUGGUGGCAUUUGGUUACUUCUGUUUCUGGCAAUCUCUUCAGGUAUAGUAUACGGUUACUAUGCACUGAUUCUGAAGAUCGAUGAAGAAGACUAUGGUGGUCACGCAACUCUGCUCCAGGACGGUCUCUUUGCUUCUCUAAGUGUAUUCCUGCUUGCGUGGAUUCUGGUGUAUAGCUUGUCUAGCUUCUAACAGAGACGCACUCUUGCGCUUAAGUUGGCUUUAGCCCUGCUCAGAUGGAGUGUAGCAGAAGGUGCAUUUUAUGGUUUCUCCGAGGACAUUCUUCUUCUUUACGUUGCUCUUGACGCUUUUGUUUUCUAAAAACUGGAACUAGCUUCGAUAGUUUGUUUUCUAGAUUUCAAUGGAACGGAUGGGUUUCCUUUGGUUUUGUCAACUAUUUUCUUCUGGUUUUGUGUAAUAAUAAACCAAGUAGUAUGUGUUUAUGCAACAAAAUGGUAUUUUUCUUUCAA